AUGGAUCCACAAGCUCAACUCCACGAGACUCGCCGUCAGGAACCCGCUUUCCUCAAACGACUGGACGAGUCCUCCAGCGAAGCGGAACACCUCGAAGUCCUACUUCUCGAGGCGGCCAAGUUUCUCGCGGAGGAGGAGCCACACUGCGCCCUCAGUGGCGACGGUGCAGGCCGCGGCGGCUUCGGAGCUGGCAACCGCUUUGCCGGCGCAUCAGGCUCUGGCGGCGGCCCCAGCACCUCAUCCUCAGACAAUCCCGAAGAAGACGCCAUUGCCGACGCGAUCCGCUCUGAACAGCGCAAUGCCGCCAGCGCUUCCCGAGCCGCAGAACGAGAAUCCUCCCAACUAGCCUUCGAGCAAUACGAAGCCGACCGCUACAACGCCGACCUGAACAACGGCCUCCCCACCGAGCCCAUCCCUUACGUUCCCGCUGAGCAAAGCGUCGAGGAGCUCCGCAAGGACUGGCCUGACACACCGCUCAGCCCUGCAGGUCUGACCGAGGGUGUGAUCCAGAAAUUAAAUUUCCUAGCGCGCGACCUCCCGCACGGCUACUGGACGCCGCGACAGAUCGCGGAGCGACUCGUAGACGGCGGGCUGAUCAAGCUCGAAGACGAUGGCGGCGAACACAAGGACAAAGUCCUCCGAUGGGCAGAGAUCUACCUAGCCGAGAAGCGCGCCAAAGAAAAGAGCUUCCAAGCCUCACUCUCCAACCCCCGCCCAGGCCUCUCCAAACUCGACCCCUGGACAUCCUCCGGGUUCGUGAGUGUCGCGGAACAGCAGCGGACGCGCAAGGAGGAGGACUCGGGGGAGACGCCAUGGACUGUGAUCGAUACGAGCGUCAGAGGCCUUUACCCGCAACUUCCGACGGGCCAGCGGCCGCUGUAUGCGGGGAUUGCGCGGCAGUUGCGGAACAACGAGACGUAUGGUCCGAGCGAUUCGAAGCUGGUGUUGGGGAGGGUGCAGGCGCUGGUGGAGACGGUGCAGCGGCAGGCUGCGGCGGCGAGGGAGGGGGCGCAGCAGCAGCAGCAGCAGCAAUGA